AUGCAAGAGGAAUUAGCUACUCUAAGUGCUAAUCAAGAUAAUGUGGUUGAAACGAUGGUGCUGCAGCAAAGGGAGAUUGACUGGCAGCGCCGAGAGCUGAAUGAGUGGCAAGCUAACAUGGAUUGUUGGCAGAGAGAUGCCACAAUAGCUUUAGAAGUGGCCAUCCAGUUGGCUCGAGGACAACUAGCACCAACCUCCCAACCAAAUCAGCCACCUAGUUCUCACCCUCAACAAAAUCUGCAGUCAGAGCGUCCCCAGUAUCAUCACAAUCCACCACAACCAAGGAGUCCUCAAGGAGCAGAACAACCUCCCGCUGCUCAACAGGAAAGACAAGCCCAUAAUCCUGACAGAAACAACAAGCAGCAACCACCCUCUCGAUCUGGUUGA